AUGGCGGGCUCGUUCGAGGCUACGCUGUCGGUGAGCGAUCGCCCCGAGCUUACAUCGCUCGCGGUGACGGCCGUCCCCAUCGAUCCGCCGGCGGUCGAGCGCGCGGCAGCGGGUGACGGGACGACCGACCGCCGCGACCCCGAGCACGGGGUGGGCGGAAAAGGAAAAAACAACGGAAACGAAGAGGACGCCUCCACCGGCGCGCGUCCGGAGAAGCAGCGCAAAAGCUCGGAGCGGGAAGAAUCCGUCAGCGACGAUGAGGACCAGCCGGACGACGACGGGCUGCACGCGGCGGCGAAGAAGGGCAUGAACGUGGUCGGUUGGUGGAGAGCCAAGCUCAACGCGAACCACGGGCUCGAUAAGGAGAUCCUCGCCGCCCUGCACCUCCUCGCGGGGGCGCGCGGGCCGUGCAUGCGCCUCGCCUUCUCGCAUCCGGUCCUCUCUCAACCGGGUGACUCGGACGCUCGCAGACGCAACAAGGAGGGCCUCACCAAGCUCCAUCGGGAGAUGCGCGCCGAGCAGAAAUCCGCGGUGAUGUUCCUCGACGAUCCCGCCACGGGGCGCAGGCGCGAGGUGCACCUCGCGGCGGUCUGGGUCCAUCCCGCCGACACGGCUGGCGACACAGCUGGCGACGCCGUGGGAUCAAACGGCGCCGACGAAGCCGCCUUGACGACGAACGACGAAGCCGCUCCCACGACGAACGACGACGGCGACAAGGCGGACGCGCGAGAGCCGCAGUUUCUCGCGUUCGAGGUUCAACCCAACGCCCCCGCGGUGGCGCUCGAGCCCCUGCUGCACAAGCAGCUCAUGGUCGUCUUCGACCUCGACGAGACGCUCCUGCAGGCGUUUACGCUUCGCGCCAUGGAGCGCCGCGCGAGGGAGCUGGACGCCGAGGACGCGGGUGCCGAUGGGGGUGCCGACGGGGGUGCCGACGGGGGUGCCGACGACGCCGCGACGAGCGGGUGGGGCGGCGGCGGACGGGGAGACCCCGGGAAAAACACAGCUGGCGUCCCCGGCGCGGUGGGCGGCGACGCGAGAGCCGCGACUCGCGACGCCAAGGAGCUCGCGGCGCGUCGCGACGAGGACCGCCGGCGGCUGCGACGCGACGCCGAGCUGCUGACGCAGUUUCGCGACGGGGACUGCGUCAAGAUGCCGGUGCCGGGGAGCGCCACCGGGACGACGCAGACGGUGCGGGCGAAGAUGGAGCCGGUGCUGGUACUCGACGAGGAACGGUACGGUCCCUCGCCCGUCACCGUCGCCAGACCCGUCAUCCGCGUCAAGUCCCCGCACGUUCGGGGCGGGGAGAUGGUGUUCACCAGGAUCGACCCGAAGAACGUAGACACCAGCAUGAUCGUCCACGUGCGACCGGGGUGGAACGACCUGUACGCCUACCUCACCGGCGAGGCGUCCCAGGCUCAGGCUCCGAACGCCGUCAGGGGCGUGAACAAGGAAAAUCCCGCGCAUCGCCCGCGGCGGCCCAAGUGCAAGGCUUUCGUGUGCACCAUGUCCGAGCGGCAGUACGCGCACGAGAUGUGGCGCCUGUUGGACCCGCGCGGCGCCCUGCUUCCCCUGAACGACGUCCACGCGCUUCACAAACGGAUCGUGUGCGUCGAGCACGGGCGCGGGGAGAAGAAAUCGUUGGCGCACGCGACCAGGGGCGCGACGCACGUUCCGGAGCUGAGCGUCAUCGUCGACGAUAGGACGAACGUCUGGGAGCGUCGGGCGCAGAAGAACAUCCUCGCGAUCGCGCCGUUCAUGCCGUACAACACCGACACCGGCCCGGGACUCCAGAGCGAGGUGGCGGGGAAGGGCGGGGUGAUGGGGAUGGUGCAGAGCAUGCUGAACGAGGUGCGGUUUAAAUUUUCUCAGCAGUGGACGCGAUGGGCGCAGCGCUGCGACCGGGGCGAUCCGCUGCGACCGGGGGGCGAGAGACCGGACGCGGGCGAGAUCCUCGCGCCGCUCAUGGCGUCGUGGGCGGAGGACAACACGGCGACGAUCGUGAGGCAGGGGGGCGCCGCGAGGGCGGCGGCUGGCGCCGGGUCGAGCCUGAACGCGGUGCUCAAGUCCUUGGGCCGGUCCAAAUCCAACGCCGAGGAGGCGCAGCGGAGGCGGGACGCGGAGGCCAAGGCGAAGGCUGAGGAGGAGGAGAGGGCCAAGGCUGAGGAGGAGAGGGCCAGGGAGGAGGAGAGGGUCAGGGAGGAGGAGAAGCAGAGGCGGUGGUUGGAGGAGGCCCAGGCUAAGUUGAAGGAGGAAGAGAGGGCCAGGGCCGAGGAGCAGAGGCGGUUGUUGCAGGAGACCGAGGCGAAGGUUGAGGAGCAGAGGCGGUUGUUGCAGGAGACCGAGGCUAAGUUUAAGGAGCAGACGCGGUUGUUGAAGGAGGCCGAGGCUAAGGUGAAUCGGGCCCGGAUGGACGACGCUCUCGCGGCGAUAACUUACGAAAGUCUCGCGGCGACGCCGUUGGAAGCAAAGGGAAAACGACCCGUGAAGGCAAAGACCGAGGUCAAGACCGCGACCGCGGGGGAUGUGGACGGAUUGGGAACGGACUCGGACGACUCCGACGACGCGCCGAUCGCGGCCAUGGCGGCGGAGCCCAAGAGACCGACUGCCGAGGACGAGAAGCGCCGGAGCGACGAGGAGGCCAAGCGUAAGAAACAGGUUCGCAACUGCCAGCAGUGCAGCCAGUGGGGCAUACGCGCCGUGGACCACUUCAAGUCUUGCAAGAUGUGUCCUUUCCACAAGGAUUACGUCCACCCGAAGCACGACGACGACGCGCGGAGGCGACUGUUCGAGCGGCUGGUCGAGCUCCGCUGGUCGAGCUCCGCGGAGAAGGCAAUCGAGGGCGCCACGAGACUUGUCGAGAAGUUCCAGCCGACGGCUAUCAAGGACGGGAACAUCGAGGUCGGCGAGCUCGAGGAUGCGGUCGCGACGCGGCUCCUCAGGUUCGUGCUCACGAGGCAGGGCAAUCCCGCAGCCGCCCCGCCCGCAGCCGCCGCCCCGCCCGCAGCCGCCGCCACGCUCGCAGCCGCCGCCCCGGCGGAGGAGUCCGAGGGGAAGUCCGUCAAAAAGCCCGAGCCAAAGAAGCGUAAGUCCGGGGAGAUAUCCAAGCAGCCCAAGGGCGGCGGCAAGGAAGCCCCGCUCCUGGGAGUCGCCGAUGGGUAUGUGAAGAAACACAAGAGCCUCAAAGAGAUCAUCGAGAUGAAGGAAAAGUCCGAGGUCGUUGAGAUUGAAGAAGAGCAGGAGGAGGAGGAGGAGGAGGAGGAGAUCGAUCACGGCCCCUGCGUCCUAUGCGGCAUCAAAGACCAGAACGAGAUGCUCUGCGACGGGUGCGAUCGACCGUUUCACAACUCGUGCGUCAACAUCUCCGACGAGGAGCUCGAAAUCAUGAUCGAGGCGGAGGAGGAUUGGUUCUGCGAGGACUGCGUCAAGUCCGGCAAGAACGCGGGCGCGAACGACGAAAUGCGGGAGCACAAACUCAAAAAGAUGGACAAGGCCGACUCCGACUUCAAUCUGGACGCGCGCGACGAGGUUGAGUUCAUCAAGGGCACGCGCGGUAACCCAGGAGCUGCAAGCAGGGUUAGGCAGGAGAAGAAGAAGGCGUCGGGACAGGCACCGGGACCGGCUCCGGCGGAGGGGGCUCGCGAGGUCCACCCGAAGGAUGAGGAGACGGGCGAGACGGAAGAGCUCGCCCCGAAGCCCAGUCCGUCCAAGUCGGUGGCGUCCAAGUAUAAGCCGGGCACGCAACGAGAGGCGAUGAUGAAAAAGUUGAAAAAGAUUGGAAAGCGGCGUUAG